UCUACUCGUGGUGGCACCGAGCGUGGCGCCGGCAGCUCUCCCAUCCUGGGCGUAGAGCCCGCGCAUCUCUGAGGCCAUCCGCUGCGGUGCAACUUCCCCAGUGGCGAGGCAACUUUGGGCUAACCUGCAGGCUCUUUCCAGGUAGAGCGCCUGAGAGCGCCUGACACUUUCCCGGGACCCAAGCUCAAGCGCAUCUGCAGAGGCUCAAAGGAGGUCUGCAUCUUGCAGAGACUCAAAGGAGAUCAGGCAAACCGGGAUUUCCGCGGUGGUGGCUGAGCAGCCCAGUGGCUGGGCUUGUGUCCUGAGAUCCAGGGCGGAAGGAGGCAGAUCAGUGCCCGGGUGCUCCGGCAGACACCUGGACAACUCAUCGGGCCCCGCCCCACGAGCCACGCUUUAAAGAGCAGCAAGGCCGGGCGCUCCCUCGCGGUCGCGGUCACGGUCAUGGAGGGCACCCCCGCAGCCAACUGGAGCUUCGAGUUGGACCUCGGGAGUGGAGUGUCGCCGGGGGUGGAGGGGAACCUCACAGCCGGGCCACCGCAGCGCAACGAGGCCCUGGCACGCGUGGAGGUGGCGGUGCUGUGCCUCAUUCUGUUCCUGGCGCUGAGCGGCAACGCGUGCGUGCUGCUGGCGCUGCGCACCACACGCCACAAGCACUCGCGCCUCUUUUUUUUCAUGAAGCACCUGAGCAUCGCUGACCUGGUGGUGGCUGUGUUCCAGGUGCUCCCGCAGCUGCUGUGGGACAUCACCUUCCGCUUCUACGGGCCCGACCUGCUGUGUCGUCUGGUCAAGUACUUGCAGGUGGUGGGCAUGUUCGCUUCCACCUACCUGCUGCUGCUUAUGUCGCUCGACCGCUGCCUGGCCAUCUGCCAGCCGCUGCGCUCUCUGCGACGCCGAACCGACCGCCUGGCGGUGCUAGCGACAUGGCUGGGCUGCCUGGUGGCCAGCGCGCCGCAGGUGCACAUUUUCUCGCUGCGCGAAGUGGCGGACGGUGUUUUUGACUGCUGGGCUGUCUUCAUCCAGCCUUGGGGACCCAAGGCCUAUGUCACGUGGAUCACGCUUGCCGUCUACAUUGUGCCUGUCAUAGUGCUGGCCGCCUGCUAUGGCCUCAUCAGCUUCAAGAUCUGGCAGAACCUGCGACUCAAGACGGCGGCGGCGGCGGCCGAGGGGACUGAGGGAUCUGCUGCCGGUGGAGCUGGGCGCGCGGCGCUGGCUCGAGUCAGUAGCGUCAAGCUCAUCUCCAAGGCCAAGAUCCGCACAGUGAAGAUGACCUUCAUCAUUGUACUGGCCUUCAUCGUGUGCUGGACGCCUUUCUUCUUCGUACAAAUGUGGAGCGUCUGGGACGUCAAUGCGCCCAAGGAAGCUUCUGCCUUCAUCAUCGCCAUGCUCUUGGCCAGCCUCAACAGCUGCUGCAACCCCUGGAUCUACAUGCUGUUCACGGGCCACCUCUUUCACGAACUUGUGCAGCGCUUUCUCUGCUGCUCUGCCCGCUACCUGAAGGGCAGCAGGCCCGGAGAGACAAGUGUCAGCAAGAAAAGCAACUCGUCCACCUUCGUCCUGAGUCGCCGCAGCUCCAGCCAGAGGAGCUGCUCUCAACCAUCUUCAGCAUGAGCCACCUGCCUGGCCCACCCCUGCAGCGGGGGUUAUGCGGACUCCAGUCUGCCCCUGGUGGCU